AUGCAGAAGCAGUGGCAUAAUCUUACCACGUUGCUUAAGUACUCCAAUGCCACGCCGUUCAAGGAUAGGAACGACGCGGGCUACAUUUGCGCGUAUUGCUUCAAAACCUAUCCCGACCCGGACGUUCUGAGAAAUCACACCCAGUACGAUCACGUCAAGGAAAAACCGACUUACAAAGCUGGCUCUGGUAUGAGUAAUUUUGUCGCAUUUCUCGAUAUUGUCAACCUUAAAUGUACGAUUUGCGACCAGCCGAUAGACAAUCUCAAGACACUGAUGGAGCAUUUAGUCAAAGAGCACGAUAAGAAGUAUUAUCUGGGCCUCACGGAUUACUUCCAGCCGUUCAAACUGACCAGCGAUCAGCAGAUCAACUGCUGCCUUUGUAACGAGGUGUUUCACAACAUGAAAUUACUCAUGCAGCACAUGAAUACCCACUAUAGGAACUUCAUAUGCACUACAUGCGGUGCCGGGUUCGUGAACAGCUUUCGUCUGAAUCGACACGAGACCACGCAUGGGAAGAAGAAGUCUAGUUUCCCAUGCAGGCAGUGCGGUCAGGUAUUUGCCGCGGAGUCAAAGAAGAAGGCCCACGUCAAUACAGAGCACAAAGGCAUCGUUGGGUACAGUGUAUGUCAAAUCUGCAAGGCGAGAUUCAAGAACUACUAUCAGAAGACGCGUCACAUGGUGCAAAUACACAAUGUUGAAGGGAUCAAGUGUGAUAUGUGCGAUAAGAAGUUCAACCUGAAAUCUAACUUGAUGCUUCAUAUGAGAAGCGUGCACUUGAAGGAGCGCUCGUACGAAUGCUCUGUUUGUAACAUGGGGUUCUUUAUAAAGCGGCAUAUGUUGGGACAUUACCUAGCAACGCACACCAACGAGAGGAAGUUCAAGUGCGAUGUAUGUGGUAAGGCGUACGCGACGCAGAAUAGUAAACGGAAGCACAUGAAAAAGAACCAUGGAAUCUCCAAAAAUAGUGCUAUAGUUUCGAACGUGCCAAAAUGA